CAUGAUAAUUUUCAGAUUCAAAUGGGGUUUACAAGGAACUGGGAUUCCUCGUGCCCACGAGUUUGGGACUCCUGGGAGACAGAUGGUAUCAAAUGGGUGAUACAGGACCUGGCACCAGAAGACGACAAUACAGCUCUUGAAAUACUUGUAAACCACUUUGCCGUCCUCUCGCAUAACGAGAUUGAGGAUACAAAGAUUAGACGUCUAAUUAUGUCCCCGUUCUCAGAUUUCUCAGAAGACGCAGAGAGUGUUAACAGUAUUGUUAAGCUUUGGAAGAAAUUUCUAUCUCAGCGAAUGAGCCUCGGCUGUUACACUGAAAUCGAAGGAAAGAAAACUUUAGUCGCCCUAAACGUGUGCAUCGUUGAAAAUGUCGAAGAAAAACUUCCAGCGGAUGAGGAAGACGUGACAAUGGGACUGACUUACCUGAAUUGUACAUGGCGUCGCGUGGAAAACGUCCUCAAUGCGAUGGAAUACGUAGAAUCCAAAUGCAAUACCUUCGAGUAUCUUGGCGUGGAUAGACUAUUGAACGCAUUAGGUCUAGUAGUGAAGCCUAAAUUUAGAGGGCACAAAUUUUGGCGGCUUGCGGCGGCGAAUGAUGUUGAGAUCAAUGACUUUUACAAAUCCUUGGAAAUGGGUGACUUUAAUGCAAAGAUAGGUCAAAUCCUAAAAGAUGAAUACUUAAUAACAAAAAAAUAUGGGUAUGGACAAAAAAAGGAAGAGAACAGAGGCUAG